AUUUUAUUUUUGAGACUUUUUUUUUUCCUUAUAUCCGUUUCAUAUGACAGAUUAAUCCAACGACUCACAUCUUCCAAACACAAAAUCUAGUCCCUUCCUUUCUCCUCUGGCCUCAACCCUCCACCGUCUCUCGCCUCAGUCGCCAAAUCUUCGCCAGAAGUUUCCGAACAUUUCCGGUGUUUUUACACCACACGCGCGCCUGACAUAGAUCCACGCGCUUGUUUCCGACUUCAUUAUGGUCGUUUGCGGUGGGAAGCCUUUGAAGCGGAUGAAGUGUAGAGUCACGGCUGAUUUCUACGAUUUUCUCACGUUUCCAUCCCUUUCAGUCGCUGAAGAAGGAGAUUUCUCCGGUGGACCCUUCCGGACAAACGUGAGAUCUUUUCUAUCAAAGCACGCGCUGCUUCCGCCGCCUUCGGCUCUGCUCCCUCACCUGCUGACGUGGCAGAUCUUGUUCCGAGUCGGUGACCUGACGGACGGCCCGGAAUCGAGUCCAGCGGUGGUUUGUCUAGACGUUUUUGAAGAGGAUGUGGCCAGAUCUAGAUCCGUCUACUGCGAUCAGUGCCGAGUUGUUGGUUGGAGUGGCCAUCCAGUAUGCGGAAAACGUUACCAUUUUAUAAUCAAGGCCGAUGGUACUUCCAUUGGUGGGCACCAAAAGCCAUGUAUGUGCUGUGGAGAUAUAUUGCACUUGUCAGAAUCCAAGUGCAAGUCUUGCAACCAUGUGACAACCACGGUUGAUGUUGAAAACUGGGUCUAUCACCAGUUAGAAAGCACAACUCAUCUUUUACAUGGUGUAGUCCAUGCUAAUGGUUAUGGUCACCUUCUUCGAGUGAAUGGCAGAGAAGGUGGCUCUAAAUUUCUUUCUGGGUGCCAUAUCAUGGACUUCUGGGAUCGCCUCUGCAAGACGCUUGGAGUUAGAAAAGUUAGCGUGAUGGAUGUGUCAAAGAAGUAUGGGUUGGAGUACCGGCUGCUCCAUGCUAUUACAAAAGGACUCCCUUGGUAUGGUGAUUGGGGUUAUCAAUUUGGUUCUGGUAGCUACGGUCUUACACACGAAUCAUACAAGUCUGCUGUUGAAUUCCUUUCCAAUCUGCCCUUGUCCACCUUUCUGUCCCAGAAAUGUGAUAGUCGUGUCCAAGACAUGAUCUCAUAUUACCAGUCUUUGUCAAAGAAGGAGCUUGUAAAUAUAAGGGACUUCUUUAGUUUUUUAAUGGGUUUGAUUCAUGAUGUUCGCAAGACUGCUGCUUCAAAGAAUAUUGAUGACGUCACCUGCAAGAAACGACGUGUGAAUGCUACAGGAGUGCCUUCUUCAUGGACUAAGAGUGACAUUGAAUGCGUGGAGGAGGCCAUGCUCAGAGUGCUGCGAGCUGUGUCUGGGUCCAAUUGGGUGAGCUGGCGUGCUCUAAGGGGCGCUGUGUGCAAGGUGGCCUCUCCAGAACUGCUGGAUUAUUGCCUCAGAGAAUUGGGAGGAAAAGUCGUUCUUGGUGCAAUGGUGAAUACCCGAUGCAAUCCUGUUACUGGCGCUUUUGAGUACAGACUGGAGACAGGGAACAAUUCUCGCUUUGGACUUGCAAGCAAUCUUUCUUCAGGCCCAAAGCAUCCAUCUGAAGUGAGUCUUCUACAUGACUUGAGGUACUUGUAUAAUUCUCUUCUUCAUCCUCAGAUGAUGUUGAGCUAUGUUCCAGAGGAGACAAGGGCAAUUGCCAUGAGUUCUGCUCAGAAACUUAUCGACUGCAAGCAGUUUGUAAAGGAUUAUAAACCUGAGAUGUUGCCACUGACAAGCCCCUCUAAGAUACGCUUCUCAUGUCAAAUAGAACUAGAAGAUGAAUCUGAAGAAUUUUCCGCGCACAUUCCGCCAGAAUUAGUUAUCCUCCCUGUAAAUGCUACCGUGUCUGACCUCAAAAUUGAAGCGGCAAAUGUUUUUCAAGAUGUAUAUGUCAUGUUUAGAGGACUUCAAAUUGAUGAGAUACUUGGCUAUAAUGUCGAAGAUUCCUCCCAGGCCAAGCACUUGUCAGGAUCUAUGAUCAACGCAGUCCGGCUGCGGGGAAGAUGCAUUGGCAAGAAUGAGUUGAACGAAUUCCAAAUGGAGCGGGGCAUUGGGAAGUGGACUGUGGACUGCAGCUGUGGGGCCAAGGACGAUGAUGGGGAGAGAAUGUUGGCUUGUGAUAUAUGUGGGGUGUGGAGACACACAAGGUGUUCUGGUAUUCAUGAUAUAGAUCCUGUUCCUGCACGGUUUGCUUGUCCAAGGUGCCAAAGCUGUGAUGCCAAACUCAAAUCCAGUGGACCCUGCGAGGGUGUGAUUGUGAAUAAGAACUGCUUUGGAAACUGCUUGCUUGUGUCAUCUGAUGUUCGUUGAGGCACAGACACCAAGUGUAUAAAUGAUCUUGUUUCUAUGGAGUCUGAAGUGGCCUGGAAAGAAAAACUUGUACAUAACAGAUGGGCCUAAAAUAUGGCGCCGGAUUCAGGCAGGUGGGUUGGCUUUUCAGAUGCGGCCCACGUUUUUGUAUAUAUGUCUAACUAGACCGACGUAAACUUCUGUUAUCUAUAUGUGAUGUCAAAACGCUAAGAGAAGCCUAUGAAUAGUGCAGUUCAGUUCCUUGGUAUGUGUGGGGGGGACUUGUUCUGCUUGCUUACCACCCAGGAAAACACCCCCCGGGCGUUAUUGGUGGGGGUGGGGAAUUUCUUUGGGGUUUAGGUAGUUAAGAUGACAACAGGAAUAAGUUGCUCUACCAUAACUGGCCGAAGCAGAGAUGCUUGUGUUGAGAAUCAAUCCAAUUGUCAGUAUCAA